GGAAGGAUAACUAUAACAGUACAGCAGGAGGUAUCGUACGUGUUGAUACCUUCUUAAUAGAGCUAAUAAUUGAAUAUGUAGGUCAUUGGGUUGUAAAAAUGUGUCUCUUUAUGGGUGGGGUGGCGAUAUGUUGGCAGCUAAAUGUAUCUCACAAGAGGUUUUCUUCGAAUAAACAAAAAAUGUUAUCAAAACAGAAAAAAACGGUUUAUUUUAAUUUUCGAUUUUUUGAAAAAAAAAAUAAUCGAAAAAUCGAAAAUUUUUCGUUUUUCGAUUUUCAAUUUUUCGAUUUUUCGAUUUUCACUGAAAAAAAUCGAAAAAUCGAAAAAAUCGAAAAAUCGAAAAAUGACACCCUUGGUGCUCACGUCAAUCAGCGACAUUUUCUCCAAAUGACAAUUCAGUUGGACGAGAAGCUUAUUGAUACAAUUUUGAAUGACGACUUCAACUAUCCAUUCCCAGUGGACACUGUUAAUAGUCAAUUAAUUUUCCAACAUCUACAUCCCUUGCCAGAAGACCUUGAUGACAGUUCAGUACAACAUCUGAUCAAUCGUUUGCGGCUGGAAUCAAUCGACUUGAAAGAGUUCAAUAUGACGGAAUGGAUGGCCGCAUUAGUCCGUGGUCAGGAAUUACAUGAAAUUACUCUUGGGAAAUUCGAAAAGCUGACAAAUUUUGCCAAGAAAAUAAAUGCGUCUGCCUGGAACGUAAAAAUUGUUUCAUUAUUGGAACAUAUGAUUCAACUGGAUAAGAGGUCCAAACUCACCUACCUAAAUCUCAGUCCAUCUUGGCUUCCCAGAACUGAGGGACUUCUAGAAGAGCACUUUGGGAUUGGUUGGGCCAAAAAAGUGAGUUCAAGAGUUUGGAGGAAAGAAGCCGCCGAGUGGAAAGUACACGAUUGAACUGAUGGGCAAGAAGAUUCCGGACCAUUUGAAGAAGAAGCGUUCGCUGUUUGGCUCCCAGGACCGUACUCGUCGUGCAACGGUAGUUUUCAAGAAGAAGGACCCACUACAGUUUGAGUUCUGAAUUAUGUGGAUAAGAAUCUGUAAUCAAAAUAGCCUGCAAUAAUCAUAAAGUUCUACAGUACUCCA